AUGGAAACAGAAGAGGCCAGACAUGAGACGGAAGAAAGUUUGAUAUUGGCACAAUUUGGCACAUCUCGCAACAUCUCUCACAAACUACAGAAUGGAGGUCCUUCUUCAGAGGGAGACUCUCAGGAGAUCACUGGGGAUACAAACUGGAACCAUUUCAAGCCCAGUGCAGAUGCCAGCUCCAUGAAGAGGCACAGAGAGAACUGCAACAACUCUGCUUCAGGGCAAAGGCUUUUUGAUCAAGGGUCCUACACGAUGAAUAGAAAAUUGAUCAAUGGAGAGUUGAAGCAUGGACUCACUGAACAGUCCUUAGUUGUCCACCAACCCAAGAAGCUAAAAGUAGAUUCUGAGAUUAAAGGAAAUGGCAACAUAGGAUCCCCUUUGGUGGACAACAUUUCUGAGCUGACAAAAGCAGCAGGUCAGCAGAGGCAGGUGGAUAUGGGCUCUUUCCCAACUCUGGACUACAGAAACUGGGACAAAGUGAGGAGCCCGGGUCUGGUCAGCAUCAUGGCACUGACAAGGGCCAUCAAUGUUGGAGGAAAACCCACGGCAAAGAUUCCAGACACUGGGGGGUCCACAAAUGGCAUCAAGGGAUCUAGCACCCUCGAGGAGCAGCAGGAAGGUCUCCCAGCUCAAACACCCUGUGCUCCAGUCCAGCACAACACUGCCCCUGAGUGGCAACAGUCAAAUUCUAAAGCACCUCAAAUGCAGCAGCCUCUAGCCCAGAAAAUGCCUGAGCAGCAUAACUUUACACAAAAUCAGCAGGCAGACAGUCACUGCCACACCCAGAUGCAGUCCGAGCACUUAUGCGAAGACCCUGACAUGCAGGAUAUACUGUCACCUGGGUUUUUAGCAACACAGCAACAGCAGCACUGUCAUCUUUCACUGCCCCACCCAUCACAGUUUGAAGGGCAGCAGCUCAAAUCUCCCAGUUAUAGACCUCACAGUCAGCCUCAGCCAGAUCAGCAGCAGCUUCAGCCUAACCAGCCUCUGAGAAACAAUUAUUUUCAACCCAACAAACAACAUAUCCAGCACAGCAACCAGGCAACAUGUAGUUACAAUAACCCAACAGACAUGCAACUACAACAUCAAAGGCAGUUUCCACCAAACUCAUGCAGCAAUAACCUCAAGCAAUUUCAACCACAGCAGCCUAAAAACCACUGCCACCAGUCCAACCAUGUAGACUUUCCCCAGACCUCUACACAGUCACAACCUCAUCUACCACAAAGUGUGUUAAACCAACAUGUAUCAACACAGAUGUAUCCUAAAGCUGAACAGCAGCUAAAGACAUCAUGCACGCAGUUUCAAAGGGGACCUCAACUACCUCAAGAACCUGUAGGUCCCCAUGGAGACUUUCAGAAGCAUGCAGCCCUUCGUAUGCACCUGUUACAAAAGCAGGAGCGCCAAGGCCCUCUUCAUUCUCCUAAGCGCACUAGUGACCCCACAUACAGCAAGAGAGCUGUGAAAAUGGAAAAUGAACCCAGAUUUGAGCUGCCCGGUCCACAGCAGCAGCAGCAGCAGCAGCAGCAACAGCGGAUACAGAUGCAAGAGCCAGGUAUAGGUGGAAUGCAAGUCAAGCAGGAAAAUCAAUUGUCCCUGUGUGACGAAAGCAAGAGACAAGGAAGCAUCUUGGCCUCUAUGGAACAAAGCCUGAGGCAGUACCAGCUUUCACCUGUGUUUAAAAAAAAAUCCAUUACCAUCAAUUCAUCAAAUAAAGUCAAGGUAGAAUCUUGUGGGCCUGUAACUAUCCUUUCAACCAACACUGACUUGAAUGAAGUGGAAUCACCAGCAGCUGCCUCAGCCACUGUAGCUCUAAAAAAAUCACCUGAUUCUACCUCUAAGAAGGAGCACCUCCUACAAAGCUUUAUGGACUCUCCUAUGAAGCUGUUGGAUACCCCUUUAAAGAAUCUCUUGGAUACCCCCAUGAAAACACAAUAUGACAUUGCAUCCUGCCACUGUGUUGAACAAAUCUGUGAGAAGGAUGAAGGCCCAUACUACACUCACUUGGGAUCAGCGCCUACUGUGGCCGGUAUACGGGAGUUGAUGGAGAACAGGUCUGGUCUAACUGGUCGUGCCAUCAGGAUCGAGAAAGUAGUAUACACCGGCAAGGAAGGAAAAAGCACACAGGGCUGUCCAAUAGCCAAAUGGGUGAUUCGUCGAUCCAGUGUAGAAGAAAAGCUACUGGUGUUGGUAAGGGAACGUGCUCGUCACACAUGUGAGACAGCCUGCAUCAUUGUGGUAAUCCUCUUCUGGGAGGGCAUCCAGCCGAGUCUGGCUGACCGCCUCUACGCCGAGCUGAGCGAAACUUUAACAAAGCAUGGAGCCCUCACCCAGAGACGCUGUGCUCUCAAUGAGGAGAGGACCUGUGCAUGCCAGGGGUUAAAUCCUGACACCUGUGGAGCAUCCUUCUCUUUUGGUUGCUCCUGGAGCAUGUACUACAAUGGCUGCAAGUUUGCCAGGAGCAAAAUCCCAAGAAAAUUCAAGCUACUAGUAGAUGAUGCAAAAGAGGAAGAGAAAAUAGAAAACAACUUUCAAAAUCUAGCAACCUUAUUGGCUCCCCUGUAUAAAACUUUAGCACCUGAAGCUUAUGGAACCCAGGUGGAACAUGAAAACAGGGCACCAGAUUGUCGUCUGGGGGUCAAAGAGGGCCGUCCCUUUUCUGGGGUCACUGCUUGUCUGGAUUUCUGUGCCCAUGCUCACAGAGACCUCCACAACAUGCAGGGUGGUAGCACUGUGGUUUGUACAUUAACAAGAGAGGAUAACCGAGAGAUUGGAAAGAUACCAGAGGAUGAGCAACUCCAUGUCCUGCCACUUUAUAAGGCUUCAAAUACAGAUGAAUUUGGCAGUGAGGAAGGUCAGCAAGAGAAAAUCAAGUCAGGUGCCAUACAAGUCCUCAGUGCCUUCCGCCGCCAGGUGCGCAUGCUUGCAGAGCCAGCCAAAUCUUGCCGGCAAAAAAAGCUGGAAGCUAAAAAGGCAGCUGCCAACAAGAAUGCCAUGCUGGACAGCUCUAAUGAUAAGACAGAGAAGGCCCUGGCCAAGUCCAAAGCCAGCACUUAUGAGAAUACCACUCAGAGCACUCAUAUGGCAGGACCUAUUCCAGGUGUUGUGGGAGCAACCCUACAGGCAGGUCAGCCAACACACCCCCUUGGGGCCCAUCCUCAGCAACAACAGCACCAGAACAUUCUUCCUUGUUAUCCUGGCUCAGCAAAUGCAGCCGUCUACCCCAGGUUCCCCAACCACCCUGGGUCUUUUCCAAGUACUUCCAAGCAAGGCAGCAUGUAUCCUCCUCGGCCAUCGACACCAGGCAGCCCUUAUACCUCCCGGUUCCAGGUACCAAACUCAUGUAUUAAUGGAUCAAACCAAGGUUACCAAUGUAGUGGAGGAAUGCCCUUAGACAAUUACCAUCCAUACUAUGCUUCAAACCCAAAGCACCUGGACAUGUAUCGACAACAACGGCCAGCACUUUACUCAGAACAGCAGUACAGUGCACAUGGACAUUAUGAGUUCAAUUAUCUGCCAAGGUAUGGUGAGCCAGGUUUGCAGGUCAGUGGUUACAAUGCUUGCAACAUGAGACCAGUUCACAGCAUCAGACCUUACACCCCUUAUGGUUCUAAUGUAGCCUCAGAAUCUCAGUUUAUAGACCCCCUCUCAAGAGCACCCUCAGCCCAUGGAGGUCUAGACUAUACAGCUUCUGUGAGUAAAGGUGGUCAAUUUGGAGGUUAUUCAAAUCCAUACCUCUCUGGGAGCUGUCAACUCUUACCCCCAAGCCUUUCCCCAGACUCUUUCCAUAUGCAAAUCAAGACAGAGAUGGGCAUGGCUGGCCCACAGAUGCUUUCUUCUCAGUUAAGUAGUGGCUGUUUAAACCAUGAAAUGCAAUCAGGGUUAGGUCUGCAUAAUGGGAAUCUCAUAGGCUCUGGCAUUAAGCAAGAACCAGGAACACCACAGACAACCACGACACCACAAAAGCCCGAGGUGUGGUCAGACAAUGAGCACAACUUCUUGGACCCUGACAUUGGUGGUGUGGCAGUGGCACCAAGUCAUGGCUCAGUCCUCAUUGAGUGUGCAAAAAGGGAACUCCAUGCCACAACGCCUAUUAAAAAUCCAGACCGCAAUAACCCAACACGUAUCUCCUUGGUUUUCUACCAGCACAAAAAUAUGAAUGAGGCCAAGCAUGGUUUGGCACUGUGGGAAACCAAAAUGGCAGAGAAGGCUCGAGAAAAGGAGGAAGACGCAGAAAAGAAUGGUGGUGAGGGGACACCUAGCAAAGGUGGCAAGAAGGGGGUAAAGCGUGAUCAUUCAGAGUUAUCAGAAAUCACUGGGGAACCUCCUUACAAGCGUUUUAUCCAGGCACUAACGGAGAGGUCCUUGUCAUGUACAACAAAUACCCAUGUCAGUACAUCUCCAUAUGCCUUCACCAAGGUCACAGGGCCUUACAGUCACUUUGUGUAGAAAAUACAAAGUUCAUAUGCACCACUGGCCUUGUCUAAACACCCCUUCCUAUCUGUAAGGUCAGCAACAGUAUUGGGUAGACCUUUCACACCAGGUCUUUUCACCUCUUUAAUACUUGAGCUUUACUAGUUGACCCUACAAAGGAUGCAUUUAUUUUUGUCUGGCAACUUUUGCUAGAUACGCUGUCAAAAUCCCUGGUGCUUUUAGUCUGAUACACAAGGACCUAUUUUUUUACUGGAAACAAAAGUUUCAUUUUUUGUGGAUUUAUUUUUCUUACACAACUUUAGAGAUGUAAUCUUAGCAUAAAACACUGACCUUGUAAAUGACAACAUUCGUGGUGCUAAAAUACGUGCUUAUUAUAUUUUAAUUCAAAUGUCUUCACACUAUAACAUAACACACUGAACAACUAACACUCAGUGACUAACUGUAUGGCAAUGGAAAUAUCAUCCUACUGUCAUAUCAUCAGCAUCAUGAUGGACUUUGGCAAGUCGGUGCUUUCUAGAGCAAUUUUUUGAUAAUGAGAUUGAAAUGUUUUGGCAAUACCUUUAAAUCAUAAAAUGUGGUUAUACUGUAUCACUACACUGACAGUAGUUGAUUUUUAAGCAUCAGUAAAAUUAAAUUCAUCAAUAUAUAACAGACAGUUGUAUGAGCAACCCAUGAAAAUGUUUUGUUUAUGAAAAAGCAGUAUUUUUAAAACUACCCUGCUGUUGGUGCUUCUUUCACUUUCAUGUCAUCUUUACUGUAAAUUGAGCCAUUCUAAUGGUGCAUUUUUAACAUUUUGUGGAAUACAAUCUACAUGUUUGGUUUAAUUUACUGUUUCCCAGGUUUACUUUGUCUGCGACUGUUUUUAGUGUUCCUUACCGUAGGUUCAUUGAACAAACCUGGACUGUGAAUUACAUGUAGUUUUAUGUCUGUGAUGCUUAGUGAAUGCCCUUUUUAUACACUGAGGAACAUGAAACAGGGUAAGCUCAGUGUCAGUGAGGGCAGCUGGCUUGCCGUGGGGUCUUUAAUUAUUUUAAUCUAAGUGUAAGAUAAACAGGUAAGAUUUGUACAGUAAAUUAAUUUCCCUUUUUGAAAUCACUGUUAUAAUUUUUUUGUUGUAAAGAAUGCUAGCCUUUUUCAUUGUAUUUCAUAAGGUGCUAUUCAACCUACUAGAAAUAUACAAUGUUAAGAUUCUUUGGGCAGUGAGAAGGCUUUUUUAAUAAUGUACAGUCCAAACCUGUCAUAUACCUCAGAACUAGUUUGGCAAUAGUAAUAUAAGACAUUUACUUUUCUUCUUUUGUAUAGAACUUUCAAAAUGUUUCAGACCACCAAAAGACGUUCAUUUUUUACUUUCUUAUUAAUCUGCUAGAAAGUAUUACUUGAACUUGAAUCUUUGAUAUUAGUAUAAAAUCAGGGAUGUUUCCAACUGAUUUUGCAUACAUCUUUACAGCCUGUAUCUUUUGCUCAUUCAGGAAAAAUACUUUCUUGGCAUAUAUUUUCGAUAGCAGGAUGUUGAUAAUCUUCUAAAAGUAAUUUGACCAUAUAUGCCCUGAACUGACCUAAAGGGACGACGUGAUAUUGACCAAGUUAAAAGUACAACAGUACAGUUCAAUUUAAUUAUCACCACUAAGCAAAUGCAUAAUGAUUUUUUCUUCCCUGCUCAUUUGAUUUAAUUAUUGUGAUGUAAAAUGGAAUGAUUGUCAUGUUACAGUAACAACUCACCCCCCACAUGUUUUGAUAGCACUUCUUUCUUUCUUUAUUUUUUUUAUGAGAAAAUGUGAUAAAGAAUUGCAAAAUGUUUUAUUUAAACAGAGUUAAAUGUGUUUAAAAAUAAAUUAUGUCACAUUGUAUAUAACAAGAAUUUGAAUUACAUAAACACAACUCAUUCUUUGAUGAUAUAUAGGGGUUGUUGUUUUUGUCAAACUGACCCACAGCCUCUCUAUUAGCUAUCCUAAUUAUAUCUUAGAAUAUCUUUUCGCUUUUUCUGGUCAAGAAAAUGACCAUGGUUAAAUUAUUUAGGAACUCUUUGUAAAUACUACCCUCACUGGCACAGCAGUGUUUACAGCUAUAGUAUACUGUUAGUACUAGUUUCUUUUUUUUACUGUUCCAGUUUUCUAAAAUAAAUCUACAUAAAAAAAAAGUUUAAUUUCAUUGUAUAAAAGCCAGCUAUAGUAGCGAGUUGUGAUUGAGAAAGCUGAGGUGUCUAAGAUACAGCAGGUUAAACGCAUAGCCAUACUUGAAGAUGCUUCAGAGUGUUUCUUCGUGCUUCAACAUUACUUGAAUGAUUUUUUGGGCUUAAGUGCACUAUAUGUGUUCAGCUCAAAGGUUAAGCUAGCAGUUGAUAAACACUUUUUUUGCAGUUCUACACUAAAACUAUAACAAAAAGUGCAACUUUUUGCUUCUCAUUUUCUUUUUAAGGCUUCUCUUGUUUUCCUGAAGUUUGGUUUGCUACAAAAAAUGGAAAAACGAAUGGGUAAUUACUGUAAGUAUUGUAAUCUAUUGAAUGCAGUUUAUCUGAAAGCUGUUUAUUAUAUCAUUCCUGACAUUGCUGAGA